AUGCCAAUCAACAAGGCGUCCGACAUCGCCCAAAACCGUUCUCCCAUCUACCUCUUCUUCUUCACCUACGUCAUCCCAAUCACCUCAACCUUCCUCACUGCGGCUCUGUGGACGCUGGCAGACAUUGUGGGGAGUAUCUUACUGGUAAAGAUCUGGCGCUCCCGCUCGAUCAGCAAACAAAACCAGUUUGAGGGCCGGGACCACCUCGUCGCCUUGUUCUACUUGUUCAACCCCUACAUUGUCUUGUCCUGCAUCGCGCGCUCGACCACCUCGUUGGACAAUGUUCUCAUCCUGGCCGCGAUCAUGGGAGCUUGUACCGGCCAAGGUGUGAGCUCGAUGGUGGCUUUAGCUCUCGCCACGCAUACGUCUCUCUACCCAGCUCUCCUGCUGCCCCCACUUCUCCUCGUGCUCAGCAGAGUGCUGGACUCCAAGCGCUCUGCGGCCUCUGCUGUCCGUGACAUUGUUGUUCUUGUCGCGACAUACGCCGGUAUCGGCGCUCUGGAGACAGCUGUGCUUGGCGGUACGCAAUGGGCACGGCCCACGCUCGGUGUCAUACUCACAGUGUCCGACUUGACGCCCAACGUCGGGAUGUGGUGGUACUUCUUCACUGAAAUGUUUGACCACUUUCGCAACUUUUUCCGUGGUGUCUUCCAGAUGCACAUGCUCAUCUAUGUGGCGCCUCUGUGUAUCCGCCUCGCGGACCCGACUCAUGUCGUCCUCAUCCUCGUCGGCACCAUUUCGACCUGGAAGAGUUACCCUACUGUCGGGGACAUGGGACUGUGGGCCGGCUUGCUGGGCUGCUUCCCCGAGCUCAUUGCGAACCUGCGACACCCCUUGUUCUCCCUUACAGUUCACCUGUACACCUGCAUCCUCCUUCCGCUGCUUCAUUCGCUGUGGCUCCUUACCGGUAGCGGAAACGCAAACUUCUUUUACGCGGCUACCAUGGUGUACGGCCUGAACUCGACCCUGGCCGUUGCCGAUGUCUUGUCCGCGAGUAUCACCUAUGACAUGAAACAACGCCUGCGGCCGCUCUUGUUCACCGUGUCCUCCUCCUCUUCUUCUUCGGUGGACGAGGUGACAGAAGCAGACAAGGGUGCUGUCGACGGCACUGGCACCCAAAGCGGCAGCCGGAACGCGGACGGCCAGGCACUACCCGAACGCUGUGAAAGAGACGAGCUUGACCUGUCCAUUGUGCAGCUUGCAACUCUGGAUUGA